AAAGAUAAUCAGCUGUGCAUGAAUACAAUAAUAGAGGCGGUUAUCUCGUACUGCAAUACGAUAGACGGAACGGACUUUGAACAGAACUAAUUUGAUCAUAGCUAUCCCUGAUUAUACCAGGUGAAUAGUGUCAACACAGUACAUUAUUCUUCAACUAAUGUGGCCUGUUACAAAAGCAUUUUUCCGUGUUUGUUCCGUUUCACGGGGUUUGCGAAAUGUACGGCUCUGUUCAUCCGUACCACCGAAGGAACCGGAAGCUUGCACAGCAGAGUCAGCGACGACAGAUGAACCUUCGAUAGUGGUAGAAAAACAAGGGAACAUAACUUUGAUUGGGUUGAACAAACCGAAUAUUCGGAAUGCUAUCGAUUCAGAAAUGGGAAGAAAACUUAGUGAAGCUGUGGAAGAGUUUGAACAGGAUAAAACAGCUGAUGUCGGAAUUCUACAUGGAUUGGGAGGUUCUUUUUGUGCCGGUUACGAUCUAACCGAACUAGCAAAUCCGGAAAUCAAACCACAAUCCGUCAUACUGCAGCGAGGAGGUGUCAUGGGUCCGACCCGUCGUAAUUUCAAAAAGCCAAUGAUUUGUGCCAUUACCGGGUACUGCGUCGCCGGUGGUCUAGAACUUGCUUUAAUGUGCGAUCUACGAGUGAUGGAGGAAAUUGCCAUUCUUGGGUUCUACAACCGACGGUUCGGUGUACCACUGGUUGAUGGUGGAACGGUACGGCUUCCUGCUUUGAUUGGAGUAUCUAGAGCCAUGGACUUGGUACUGACGGGACGAGCUGUGCAUGCUAAAGAAGCACUUGAAAUUGGUUUGGUAAAUCGGGUUGUAGCAGUCGGGACGGGUCUCGGACAAGCCUACAAUCUAGCAAACAGCGUUGCAAAAUUUCCCCAAGACUGUAUAAAUCACGACCGAACUUCAAUGUACUAUUCGGUAUUCGAAGCCAAAUCCCUAGAGGAUGCAAUGGAAUACGAGGUGCUUUCAGCGGGUGACUCGUUACUGAAACAGGCGGUCGAUGGGGCUGACCGGUUUCUGCAGGGAGUUGGAAAACACGGAAAAUUUACCGAUAUCAAGGAGAGAUUCAUUCCGGAUUGGGAAAAAGAAGAGAUUGCACACGAAAUUGCGGCGAAAGGCAAAAAACCACCGAAGAAAUGAUGGUUGCAAGGUAAUUAAGAGCUAUCCUCGUUUUGAAAGUAUUAGAAGAUUCGAUUUUCAAAUAAGAGCAUUUUAUAUAUAUUUACGGUUUUGUUUAAAUAAAGAACUAAACUUAAUAA